GCUCUCUCAACCUCCCCAUUUCUCUCUCUAUAUAUAUACUUAGAGCUCAACGACUCCACCUUUCUCCCUCUCGUCUCUGUUAUUCUUCUUCUUCUUCUUCUACCCCUCGCAUUCUUGGUUCUUCUUCCCAACCUUGCCAUAAAAAUCCGAUCUUUGCCUCUUUUUCGCGCCUCUCGCUGCAACCUUCACCCUCAGGAAUGGAAAAGGAGCGAUUUUUCGGGGUGAACUGGCAGUCGCCUGACGCGACGACGCCGCCUGAGUUGAACUCCGGCGGCGCCGCCGACGACCGAUUGCCGCCGACCUUCCUCAACCUCGGCUGGGCGCAGCUGAUGCACCACAACGUCCAGUCCGGCUCGUCCCUGGGUUCUCUCGUCUCAUCGCUGUCCUCCAAUCCGCCGACCGUUAACGACAGCGUCGUCAUCCACGAGCUCUUCGGCCAGCUCGGAAGCGUCUGCGACGCCGGGGAGUUCCCCCCGACCUCGCUGUACCACAGUGCUAACGUGUCCUGUUACAGCGCGCCGCUGAGCACCCCCCGAAAGCUCAACCUUUUCGUGACGGAUCACCAGCAGCAGGGCAGGGGAGGAGUGAUGCCAAGCAAUCAAAUGGCGGCAGCGCAAUUCGCGCCAUCCAACUCGGAUCCGGCGAAGAGUUACGACUUGCUCAGGGGCCAAUUUGGGUUCCCAGAGGCAGGGAAGCUGUCGAGGGUCUCGAGCAGCCAGUCUCUGAAGGCAGCCGAUGGGUCGCAGAUGGGAGUUCCGGACGACGGGAAGCGUGUCCCGGUAACGGACCCAGAGAGUUUGGAGAUGGAGCUGAGGUCCAAGUUCGGUGGGAGGGCAUCGGGAGCUUCGACGCCGGACGAAAUGGGGCUCGGUAAUGGCCAGGAUGCAUCGUCGGCACUAGAUACAAAGAUCAACGCGAGGAAGCGGAAAUCCAAAGGAAAGGAGGCGUCUUUGUCAUCCUCCAUUAUGAAUCAUCCCAUGUCCACCGAUGAGGACAAUUCGGAUGCAAAGAGAUGCAGACCAGCUGAAACCAAUGGAGCUGGCAAGGAUGCGGCAGCGAAGCCGAAGACCGAGCAGAACGGUGAUGCCGGUCAUGAACAAGGAAAAGAGAACAAUGCCAAGCUAGCAGAGCCUCCCAAGGACUACAUCCAUGUCAGGGCAAGAAGAGGGCAAGCCACCGACAGCCACAGCCUCGCCGAGAGGGUCAGAAGAGAGAAGAUUAGCGAGAGGAUGAAGCUCCUGCAAGAUCUCGUGCCGGGUUGCAAUAAGAUCACUGGCAAAGCUCUUAAGCUGGAUCAGAUCAUCGGCUACGUGCAGUCGUUGCAGCGCCAAGUCGAGUUCUUAUCGACGAAGCUGGCCACCUUGAAUCCUCAGCUGGACUUCCUCCCAAAAGAUCAAAUCUAUCCAUUAGACAUGACGAGCACUGCAUUCUCAUACGCUCAGCAACCUCUGCAGAGCGUCGCAACCAUAAACCCAACGAGUUCCUCCCUGCACCGACCGCCGCUUGAUGGAUUCACAGAUGCAACCUCUCAGCUCGGGAAUUUGUGGGAGGAUGAUCUCCAGUAUGCUGUUCGGAUGGGGUUUGCGCAGAGCCAGGGGACCGCCGCCUUCUCCCAAAGCUCGCUGGCAGAGUGAAUCGACUCAACCUGGUCACACCAUGAAUUCAGGGACAAGCUGCAUGAAUAUUACUUAUGAUCAUUUGAUUUCAUAGUAAAUUAAAGGACUUCUGUAUGUAAUCUGUGGAAAAAGUUUGAGUCCAUCUUCGAGAAGACUGAUUAUUGCUUGGUUUGGAGAGAUGGAUGCACUCAUUCAACUCUCGAAGAUGAAAUGAGAUGUCUUCUCUCAUGCUCUA